AGCAGCCACGUUGGCUCAAGGGCAGGCUGCCGCGGGGGCCGCCGCGCCCGGUGCGGCGAUCGCCCAAGCCCGCGCCAGGCUGCCACCGCCCCCGCCUCGGGAACGUUCCCUCCGCAAUGGAGGGCCCGGAGCCGCCGCCGAGCGACGGCUAGACUUCAAACGCGCCUUCCGCAGGCUCCGCACGGGCUGGCGGUCUGGGCGCCGAACCCAGACGACGAGCUGGCGGCCCCCCGCAGGUGCAGAUGGACAGCGAGCACCCCACACGAGGCCUCAGCGGCGGCGAGGAAGAGCGGCUCGCGGCGAGGGGUGGUGGCAUCGCGGUGAGCGGUGGACAGACGGGGGAAAAGGUGGGGGAAGGGGGUCAAGACGGCGCCUCGUGGGCCGAGUUCUCCGACGAAUCGGAGCCCCCUGGAGUCUCGGGAACAUCUGACCCGGAGGGCGCAGCAGGGGGCCGAGCGCGAGGGCGAGUUUGCUCGUGGGGGCCGCGCAGCAGGAGCGCCGCCCCACCGGGGCAGCGGCCGCGGCCGAGGCCGCAGGCGCGAAUCCGGGGCUUGCUGAACUCGCUGGGAGUGCAGUGGAUCAGCGACCUGCUGGAUUCGCUGGGAGUGCAGUGGAUCGGCGACCUUGCGAACUCGCUGGGGGUGCUGUGGACCAGCGACGCUCUGGACUCGUUGGGAGUGCUGUGGAUCGUCGACCACUUGGACUCGCUGGGAGUGCUGUGGAUCGUGGUUUGCGAGGCGCGCGAGGGGGGCCCGUGAUCCCCGCGCCGCUCGUGGAGGCAGGCCCUGCUGCCGCCGCUGCUGUCCCUCCUCCCCCUCCUCGCCCUCUUCCUUCUUCCGCUCCUCCUCAAGCGCCGAGAUCUCUAGGCUUCAAAGAACUCGUGGCCUAUGCGACAAGGUUUUGAUGGUCGCUCGUGUCGGCGUCGCUUCGCCGCCUCGGGCUUUCCGUUCCUGGAUUUGGUCUCGUAGGGGCCGAUCCUUGCGUUGGCUGUGUACUCGUCUCGUUGUGCCUCCUGGUUGAGCGAGGACAACUCGGGGCUCCCAUGUGAGGUGGGCCUUUCCAUGAUUCGCUUGCUAAGCGCACGAUAGAUCGUAUAUAAUAUAGCUGAAUGUUGCCCCGCGUAUUCGCUAUGUAGUCUCUCAGGCUGGAGAUGUUCGGUCCGAUAUCGCUUCGCCGCCGC